AUUCCCUCCCUCGUGCUCGCAGAGGACUGGCCCCUCUCCGGGCUGGGAGCUCCGGCCGAGUGGAGGCGCGACGGAGAGCACCAGCGCAGGGUAGAGAGCCCGGAGCGACCGGCCAGAGUAGGGCAUUCGAUCGGGUACUGCAGAGAACCAGGGCCGCUCCGGGCCGCCCCGGAGGACCGAUGCGCCGGGUGGGGCGCUGGCCCCGAGGGCGUGAGCCGUCCGCAGAUUGAGCAACUUGGGAACGGGCGGGCGGAGCGCAGGCGAGCCGGGCGCCCAGGACAGUCCCGCAGCGGGCGGGUGAGCGGGCCGCGCCCUCGCCCCUCCUGGGCCUGCCCCCGCCGCGACAGGCAGCACGAAGCUGAGAUUGUGGUUUCCUGGUGAUUCAGGUGGGAGUGGGCCAGAAGAUCAACGCUGGCAAGGACUGGUGUUUGUCAACUGUAGGGAUUCAUGGAACAGAUCUGCCAGGGAUUCUCAGACCUUAGUUUGAGAAAUGCUGCAAUUAAAGGCAAAUCCUAUCACUCUGAGUGAUCGCUUUGGUGUCAAGGCAAUCAACCAUAAAGAUAAAUGCAAAUAUGGAAAUUGCAUAACAGUGCCCAGUAUUAAGGUUGGUUUUUGGAGUAGUCCCUGCUGAUGUGACAAAAAGAUCUCUCAUGUGAUAUUCUGAGGUACCUUUGAGGAAGUCUCUCUUUGAGGACCUCCCUUUGAGCUGAUGGAGAACUGGGCGCCCCACACCCUCUCUGUCCCCAGCUGAGAUUAUGGUGGAUUUGGGCUACGGCCCAGGCCUGGGCCUCCUGCUGCUGACCCAGCCCCGGAGGUGUUAGCAAAAGCCGUGUGCUGUCCACCCUCCCUGAGACCACCCCUCCGACCAGGGGCCUGGAGCUGGCGUGUGACUAUGCGGCUUGGGCUGUGCGUGGUGGCCCUGGUUCUGAGCUGGACGCACCUCACCAUCGGCAGCCGGGGGAUCAAGGGGAAAAGGCAGAGGCGGAUCAGUGCCGAGGGGAGCCAGGCCUGUGCCAAAGGCUGUGAGCUCUGCUCUGAAGUCAACGGCUGCCUCAAGUGCUCGCCCAAGCUGUUCAUCCUGCUGGAGAGGAACGACAUCCGCCAGGUGGGCGUCUGCUUGCCGUCCUGCCCACCUGGAUACUUUGACGCCCGCAACCCCGACAUGAACAAGUGCAUCAAAUGCAAGAUCGAGCACUGUGAGGCCUGCUUCAGCCACAACUUCUGCACUAAGUGUAAGGAGGGAUUGUACCUGCACAAGGGCCGCUGCUAUCCAGCCUGUCCCGAGGGCUCCUCAGCUGCCAAUGGCACCAUGGAGUGCAGUAGUCCUGCGCAAUGUGAAAUGAGCGAAUGGUCACCAUGGGGGCCCUGCUCCAAGAAGAAGAAGCUCUGUGGUUUCCGGAGGGGCUCCGAGGAGCGGACACGCAGGGUUCUCAAUGCCCCUGGAGGGGACCAUGCUGCCUGCUCUGACACCAAGGAGACCCGGAGGUGCACAGUGAGGAGGGUGCCAUGUCCUGAGGGGCAGAAGAGGAGGAAGGGAGGCCAGGGCCGGCGGGAGAAUGCCAACAGGAACCUGGCCAGGAAGGAGAGCAAGGAGGCGGGCACUGGCUCUCGAAGACGCAAGGGGCAGCAGCAGCAGCAGCAAGGGACGGUGGGGCCGCUCACAUCUGCAGGGCCCGCCUAGGGACACUGUCCAGCCCCCAGGCCCAUGCAGAAAGAGUUCAGUGCUGCUCUGUGUGAUUAAAGCUUUCCUGAACUGGAACAUCGGGGGCAAAGCAUACACACACGCUCCAAUCCAUCCAUGCAUACAUAGACACAAGACACACACACUCAAACCCCUAUCCACAUAUACAACCACACAUACUUGCACACAUGUGUGUGCAUGUAUACACACACACACAGAUACCACACACACACACACACACACCCCCCCCUGAGGCCACCAGAAGACACUUCCAUCCCUCGGGUCCCGCAGUACACUCUUGGCUUCCGGAGCUCGCCGUGGCCGUGUCAGAGACAACACUUUCCAGCAUCUGAGACCAAACUGCAGAGGGAAGCCUUCUGGAGAAGCUGCUGGGAUUGGACUAGCUAGUGUGGCAGAUGGGAGCCAAGCUUGAGGACUGCUGGUGACCUGGGGAGAAGCCUUCUUCCCAUCCCGUUCAGCACUCCCAGCUGUGUGACUUUAUCGUUGGAGAGUGUUGUUACUCUUCCAUGAUACGUAUCAGGGCUAACCUGACUCUGAAAACUGCCUUAAAGGUUUAUUUCAAAUUAAAACAAAAAAAAUCAACGACAGCAGUAGACACAGGCACCACAUUCCUUUGCAGGGUGUGAGGGUUUGGCAAGGUAUGCGUGGGAGCAAGAAGAGGCAGGGAAUUUCAAGAGACCCCAAAUAGCCUGCUCAGCAGAGGAUUGUGCAGAGAAGGAAGAAAAUGUAGGGGCUGCUCUGAGGGUGGUAAACAGGCAGUCUAUAUCCUUGUUACUCAGAGCAUGGACCGGCAGCAGUGUCGUCACAGGGCAGCUUGUUAGGAAUGAGAAUCUCAGGUCUCAUUCCAGACCUGGUGAGCCAGAGUCUGAAUUUCAGCAAGAUUCCUGAUGAUUGGCGUGUUAUAUAAAUGUGAGAAGUGCUGCUCUAAUUCUCCUUAAAGGAUGGGAGAAAGGGCCCCGGCCAUGUUGCAGCAGGAAGGGAUUCUGGUCAUCUAUAAAGGAGGACUUUCCAUCUGGGAGAGGCAGAAUCUAUAUACGGAAGGGCUAGUGGCACUGCCGGGGGAAGGGAGUGCAUAGGCUUCCAGUGAUGGUUGGGGACAGUCCUGCCCAAAGGCAGGGCAGUGGAUGGAAUAACUCCUUGUGGCAUUCUGAAGUGUGUGCCAGGCUCUGGACCAGGUGCUAGGUUUCCAGGGAGGAGCCAAACACAGGUCUUGCUCUUGUGGAGCUUAGAGGUUGGUGGGGAAGAAGAUAGGCAUGCAUCGAGGAAUCGUACAAACACAUAUGUAACUACAAAAGGAUGGUGCCAAGGGCAGGCGACCACUGGCAUCUGUGCAUAGCUAUGAAAGUUAAUAAAACAGAAUAAAAAUAAAAUACUUUCUCUCAGG